AUGUGCUUUGUUUUGAAUUUAGGGUGCUGGGCAGGCCUUGAGUAUGUGCAGCCAUUUCCAGCAGGUGAGAUUGCGGUCUGCCAGCCCUGCCGGCUGGGCCGGGGCAAAUGCAGGCGGAUCUGCCAUGAGGACGAGAGGAUUGUGGGGAGCUGCAGGCCCAACUUCUUCUGUUGCCAGCCGAGGGUCUGA